UUAAGUAAGUACUUUGAAUAUUUCAUUUAUUUGUCAGUACCGUGGAAAUUAUGUCAGUACCGUAGCAUUGAAAUUUACAAUUUUUAUCUUAGUUUUUUGUCUAUUAAAGUUGUAAUAGAACUACAUUACACGCUUAAUUCUGAGCAUCAUUGAGGAACAAUAGUACCCAAAACAUAAGUUAUAAGGCAUUUUUAAUUUUUAAAAAUUUUGAGUUGUAAAAAUCACAGUUAUCUGAGAAUCACUCAUAUAUUCGUAAACAGGAAAGCAAAAUCUAUCAUCCUACAAAAUUUGAACAAAAUCUCAGAGGGCAAGAUCUUGCACUCUCAUUGUGAGUAAUAAAAAAAUAGUUGAACGUCAGUCACUCGGGAUUGACGCGGUCUAACGAAAAGUCGUACUUUGCAAAAAUUCAAAGUCGAUUUUCUUGAAACAAAGCUUCAAACGAAAAAUUGUUAUUCUUUAUUUUCGAUUUAUUUUUUCAUGUAGACUCUACCUUUUUUAGCUUAUACUACCAGUUACAGAUCACUCUGUAUACAGUUGCUAAUUAUCAUAAUUGCAAAAUUUACUUCAGAAUAUACGAUAUAAUGCAAAUAAUUUUUUCUGAACGAUAAGAAAAAUAUGUUAUGUUCCAGUUUUUUUUUUGAAAUAAUUAUAGUGUUGCUCUUUAUAGAAUAUGAGCUCUUUAAAUAGUGUAUGUAAUUUAUUUAAAUUCAGCAAUAUUCUGCCAAGUCAUAUUUAAGAUAUAAUAACAAGAAAAUUUUACGCAGAUUGCUAUAUAAGCUGAUAGUUAUAACGUAGUUAGUUAGAUAGUAUUUUAACGUAGCAAAGCGAGCAUUCAGAUACAAAAUUAUACGAAACAUAAGAACUUUAAUACUCUCGUGAUCCUCUUAAAACACAAUUGAAAUCUUGCAUAUUGCGCGUAUAUGCUGUAAAGUAUUAUCAUCAAAAUGGAGAACGAAAAAUUGGAUGUAAUAAUAUUUGGUGCUACUGGAUUUAGUGGAAAAUACGUGGUUAAAGAAGCGGCACGUUAUACAAAAGAAAAUAAUUUUACUUUUGGAGUAGCUGGACGCAGGAAAGAGGCAUUAGAAUCCGUUCUUAAAGAAUACGCACCAGAUCUUAGUAUUCCUAUCUUUAUUGCGGAUGUAAAAGAUGAACAAUCUAUUAAUAAAAUGGUAGAAAAAGUAAAAGUGCUAAUUAAUUGUAUUGGUCCAUUUGCUUUUUAUGGAGAGCCUGUUAUUAAAGCUUGUAUAGCUGCAAAAACUCACUACGUUGAUAUAAGUGGAGAAUCUACGUUCAUAGAAGAAAUGGUAUUGAAGUAUAACGAAGCAGCACAAAAAGCUGGCGUCUAUAUUAUAAGUGCUUGUGGUUUUGAUAGCAUUCCUUCUGAUCUUGGUAUCAUAUUUACACAACAAAAGUUUGGCGGCGAAGUUAAUAGCAUUGAAGAAUACAUUAGUAUAUCARAUCAYGUAAARCUWARCAAACCUWUAKUAMACUUUACAACUUUGGAAAGUSYUAUUAAURUAUUGGGCAAUAUUGAKAAAUUACGUGAAAAUCGUARRAAAYUAUUYUYCAAAAAAUUACCAGAAUUUAAGCCCAAAUUAAAUAUAAAACGCAGGCUUCCGCACAAAUCUCCUUUUACAAAUAAUUAUUCAGUGUUAUUCAUUGGUCCAGAUUAUUCAAUGGUUCAUCGCACACAAAGAUUUUUGUAUGAAGAAUAUAAUCAAAGACCUGCUCAGGUUGCAAUAUAUUUAAGUAUCAAAGCUAAAUUUCUAACGAAAAUUAUUGCAUUAAUGCUAUUAUUAAUAACUCUUGUUCUUUCAAAAUUUUCAUCUGGACGCAAUUUAAUAUUGAAGUAUCCUGAACUAUUUACUWACGGRUUWGUKAGUCGAAAAGAGCCGAGUGAAGAAGCAUUGAACAAAAUCGAGAUAUGUGCAACUUUUUUAACACGUGGUUGGACUGAAAAAUUAAGUGAACCUUCCGACGUUCAUUCGGAUCCACCAAAUAAGGAGAUGGUGACAAAAGUCACUUGUAACAAUGGAUAUUAUAUUACUGCUAUUAGCGUAUUAUUUAGCGCUCUUACUAUUUGUAAAGAAUCUGAUAAAAUGCCUCAAAGGUAA